UUAUCCGCAGAACUUUGUUUACAACAACGCGUCCUUUCGCUUUGAUAACAACUGGACGACAACUGAUCGGACUGGCAUGACAUUUAUUAGCAGCUGGUCGAGAAUUCGCUACGCGGUACUAAAUAUUCAUCUGGGUAUUUUGCUCAGUUCAGUGACGUUUCGUGUGAAAAAUAAAUCCUUGCGAAAUCUUCACAGUGCAAAAUCGUUGUGAAAAUCUGUGAAAAGCGUGAAAAGUAGUGCAUUUUGAGUAGUGGAAGCUCUGGAAAAUGUCCCACCAAACAGGAAUAAAGGCCAAUGAGAAGCUGCUGAAGUUCUUCGGGAAGUGCAGAGAUGGCAAGACGCGGGCUGUAAAAAUCACGAUAGAGAAUGAGGAGCUCACGCUGAGCGACCAGAAGGAGGCGAAGAAGGACUGGAUCAGGGACUACGACAGCUGCGUCCCGGCGAUGAUCGAGGCGGACACGCCGUGCUACGUGCUGUACAGAUUGGACACAAAGUCGUCGCUGGGCGGCUUCGAGUGGCUGCUGCUCAGCUGGAGCCCGGACACGGCCACGAUCCGCCACAAGAUGGUCUACGCCUCCACGAAGGCCACGCUGAAGAGCGAGUUCGGCUCGGCGCACAUCAAGGAGGAGUUCCACGCCACGGCGCCCGAAGAGGCCACGUUCGCCGGCUACGAGCGGCACAAGCGCGAGUUCAGCGCCCCGGCGCCGCUCACCACGCGCGAGGAGGAGCUGCAGGAGCUGCGCCGCACGGAGGUGAAGACGGACAUCGGCAACGAGACGCGCCAGCAGACGCUCAACGGCAUCAACUUCCCGGUGUCGCAGGCGGCGUUGGACGCCAUCCGGGACGCCAAGCGCGGCGCCUACACGUACUUGCAGUUCCGCCUGGACACGGCGCAGGAGGAGAUCCACCUGGUGAAGGCGGCCAGCGUGGACGCGGCGGCACUGGCGCAGAUGAUCCCCAAGGACGAGGCGCGCUACCAUCUCUUCCUCUACAAGCACACGCACGAGGGCGACUACCUGGAGAGCUUCGUCUUCAUCUACUCCAUGCCCGGCUACGCGUGCUCCGUGAAGGACCGCAUGAUGUACUCCAGCUGCAAGGCGCCCUUCGUUGCCACCAUCGCCGGCCAGGGCGUGGAAGUGGCCAAGAAGCUGGAGGUUGACGCGACGGACGACGUGACAGAGGAGUUCCUGCGUGACGAGCUGCACCCCAAGAAGAUCCUCCACCGGCCGAUCUUCGACAAGCCGCCGGGGCCGAAGAACCGCGGCGCGAAGCGCGUCACGCGGCCACAAACGACUGAAUAGACUUUGGCAAUUAUCAAAUUUCUUGUGGUAUUUUUACAACAAUUCAUUAGACGGUUGUUUUCCCUCUUAGUCCGCAAAUUGCGCUAUUUAUUUGCAUCUUCUGGGCUUCCAUAACAAUCUUCUCUAGUUGUUUUCUUUGAGACUUGCCAAGCGAAUGGAAGAUGAACAAGAAUUGCAACAGUUUACACACACAAAUUACAAUUAUAUGAGAACAUCUAUUUUAGUAGUUACUUUACAGAGAAUGUGAAAAUUACUUUGUGACGAUGAAUUAAUAAAAUAAACACUUAUUUACUUUU